ACCCAUUGCCAUCUAUCUUCAGCACGUUUCUUCCCUAUCAAUCGCGCGCCGAUCUACAGUUCCGCAUUUCGUCGAGCACAUCUGGGCCACCCUGGGCACUCUCCUCCGCAACUCUCCGCUUUCCUCGGCAACCACGGCCACUGCCCGAUGGAACGCCACCAUCUGGCGCCGCCUCGACGGAGGCAACCCCGUGGAGGCUGUGUCUGCAUUCAUCACCAUGCUCCGGUGCGGCGCCCGCCCGGAUGCCUUCACGCUCCCGCUCCUCAAUCGCGCUUCGGCGCCCCUCACCAGCCUUGUCGGCGCCGCCCACUGCUUCGGCAUUCGGGUCGGCUUUGGUGGAAACGUCUACUUCGGCAACACGUUGCUGAAGGCUUAUGCGCAACACGGGAUGGUCGCGGCCGCGCGCCUUGUGUUUGACGAAAUGCGCGCGCGGGACGUGGUUUCUUGGACCACGCUGGUUUCCGCGUACGUCAACGCGGAGGAUAUUUGGGAGGUAUCCCGUCUGCUGACGGCCAUGAGGACCCACGGCCGGUGCGAGCCAAGUGCAGUGACGCUGUCAGUGGUGUUCCGGCUGUGCACGGCCUUGAGGGACACUGCCAGUGGUAAGCAGCUGCAAUGCUACGCUGUGAAGAGGGGGUGGGCAGGUGAUUUCCUAGUUCUCAACUCGAUGUUGACUCACAUGAGCAGGACUUCUAGCUUGGGUGAUGCAGAGAUGCUGUUCAAGCAGUCUCCAAGUAGAGACAUGGUUUCGUGGAACAUUAUAAUCUCGGAAUACUCUUCAGAAGGGAAUGUUUCCAAGGUUAUUAGUUUGUAUGUGGCAAUGAUAGAAGAGGAAGUGUGUCCAAGCAGCGAAACCUUAACUGCUGUUGUUUCUGUAUUCGCCAGGCACAAAUUUCUUCCCCAUGGCAAGAAGCUGCACUCCUUUGCUAUUAGGAGUGGGCUCAUGGACACAAUCUUGGUAGCAUCAUUUGUUGACCUCUAUGCGAAAUGCGGUGAGUUAGUGUCAUCGAUUCAGUUGUUUGAGGAAUUCAAUGGGGGAAGCAAGUACUUAUGGUCAGCCAUGAUAUGGGCUUUUAUCUAUCAUGGAAUGUUCUUGGAUGCAAUCCAUCUAUUUGAGAGAAUGAUGGGCUCCUUUUACUUUCCAAAUGCUGACAUUCUACGAGGUCUCCUAGUCAGUUACACUGAAAUAGAUGCUUUAAGGUGUGGUAAAGCAACUCAUGGAUACAUCAUAAGAAACAACUAUGCUGCAGAAUCUGAGAGUUGUGCCUUGGACACAGCCCUUGUUAAGCUUUAUGCUAGAUGUGGGGACAUUCAUCUUGCAGAAAGAUGCUUUAGCAGAACUCUUCAGAAAGAUAUAGUCUCAUGGAGUUCAAUGAUUGAAGCAUUCACAAUUCAUGGUCAUGCAUGUAGUCAUUCAGGUCUCGUCAGUGAAGCUCGCGAGUUGUUUGAUUGCAUGACAAAAAAGUUCAGAUUCGCACCUGAGCUAGGACACUAUACUUGUAUGGUGGACGUUCUUGGUCGUUCAGGUAAUCUAGAGGAAGCUCUCCAAGUGAUCAGCAACAUGAAAGUUAAGGCAGAUGGCAGAAUUUGGGGUGCCCUUCUUGGAUCAUGUAGAAUUCACUCAAACUCUAAGCUUGCAUAUUUUGCAGCUCAGAAACUUGUGGAGUUGGAACCAAGUAAUGUUGGCUAUCAUGUGUUGCUGAGUAAUAUCCAAGCAGGAGGUGAUAGAUGGGCUGAAGUGGAGGACAUUAGAAGCUCCAUGGAAGUAAUGAACAUGGAGAAAUCUCCUGCUUGGAGCUGCAUCUCUGACAUCGGUGUCCCAUGAUAUGUAUUUUUAAGCACUACAUCAUUGAUAUUUGUCUUCAAAAAUUAAUACCAAAUACUCUCCAAACUAUCGGCAUGUAGGACUUGGCAUGAAGCCUUGCUCAUGGUCUGGCCAAGAAACAGGCGGUAACAUAGUAGCACUAUGUUGAGGUCUUUUUCAUUGAAUAUGAGAUAGUUCUGGUGUAUUGCAUGAUUAUAGGUUUAAUGAACAGAAGGGGCUGGUAAAUGUGCAUAUGUGAUCAAGAGAUAAAGGUGUCUUCACAUUCUUCUGUACACUUGUAUUUAUAGGACUGGUAUGUUUUCUACCGAUCCAUUUGUAAUGUUCAGUGCAAAUAAACUUUGCUUGUGCAUCCACAGGGCUUUUAACA